AUGGUGGGCGAAGAGACCGAGAUUAAAACGCUGGUGAGUGUUUUUUUUUGUCUCAUAUUUCUUCUUUAUUUUUGACUAAAAGUUUUAACGAUCAAAUAAAUCAACGGCUCGGCUGGUGAAAGCCUAGAGAAAAAUACAAUAUGUUGAACUGACGCCAGGCUACUUCCACUUCGUCAUAUACCAUUGAAUUGCAAUUUAAUAGAUCUUUUAACCUUAAAAGUCUUAAUUGACUUAGUUUUCACACAAGUAUGACCAUUCUAGUUUUUCUACAAGAAGUAACAAUCGACGAGUUUUGAAAUGAGGGGAGGGGAAGAUUGCACUAUUAUUUUGAACCAUAAUAUUAGUAAUACAGUCAAACCUAAUGUAUAAUAAGCGAGUACCCUUGGGGAAGGAAAAAGUGGUUUGUUGCCAGCGGAAAAGAUGUUGUAUUUUCUUGUUUUAAGUGACAUGCUGACAAUUUUCUCCACUAGUAUUGGCCGAUUAGCAGAGGUUUAGCUCUUGUAAUAACAAUAAUAAAAAUGACAAAAAGCAACAGUAACGGCAACGACAACAACAACAACGACAGUAAGACUAAUUUCAAUAACUAUGGUCACUCAGUUAAUUCCAAUAAAAUUAUGCCUAUUCUCUGGGCUGUUGUUAGGCGUUUUUCAUUUUUCAUCGGAAAACUGCAAAAUACUUGUCUUUCACAAAAUGAUACGUAACGUUAGAAAUAUACCAUAAUUGUAAGCAUCUUGCAACUCCUUUGGCUUAUGCUAAAGGAUCCUCUUAAAUUUGUCAAUCUUUAUCAGGAAUCAAAUGAUCUAUGAUUGAAGCCAAUAGAUCAUUGAAAGUUAUGGAUGGAAGCAAGGCUGACAGUGACCUUGUUUUGAUGCAAACCGUCCUGCUUUAUUGUGUAUUAGUUAUUUUUAUGUUUACUUGUAUUUUUCAAGGACAAUUUCCAUAACAAAGCAAAGGGGUUUGUAUCAAAACAAGGUCACCGUCAGCCUCACAUUCACUCAAAGGCUAGUGUACUCAGUCCACAAGUGCAAAAUGGUGUCAUGUGUGUAUGUUGUGGUUUAGUUUUAUUCUUGCUUUGAGACGGAAUCCACCAGGAAAUUGAGUAAUUUUAAAUUUCAGUGGACAAAAACCUUGUACCAGAAUAUUGCAUUCUUUUUUUACCUUUUUCAAGGGCUAAAGAUGUAAUUAGUCAUCUGUAAUAACACCAAAGACUAUUUCUCAUGGGAGUUUGAGAAAAUGAAUGUCAAAUUUCACAAGAAUUGUGAAAACACACUGGUAAAAUUCUGAAAAUUUCAUGUGUAAGAUGCAAUUUUGUGAAAUUUUACAAUCAUUUUCUCAGGCUCCCAUAAGAGAUUUUCUUUGGUGUUAUUACAGAUGACUAAUUAUAUCUUUAGCCCUUGGAAAAUGUAAAAAAAAAUGCAAUAUGCUUUAAAUUAUUCUGGUAUGAGGUUUUUGUCCACUGAAUAUUUAUUAAAAUUACUCAAUUUCCUGGUGGAUUCGGUCUUAAUUUCUUUCCCUUUGUCUCAAUCUCAAUGUCAUAAUUUUACCAUACCCCAAAACAAAACAAAAAACUGUAAACCAAGCAUAAAAUUGAACCUCAUCAUGUAUUGUUUGUUUCCUUUCACAGCCUGAUGCAACAGAUAGAAGUCCAAAGGAAAUGAAGAAGUGUGGAUUAAUUAAUUCAUUUUUUAAACCUGUUGUUAAAUCAAAAGAAAACACAGAAUCAAAGUCAGAAACUGAAACAUCAGCAAGUGUUAGCUCUGAUGAUGAUGGCAAUAAGAAGGACAAUGCUGAAACCAUUUUAGAAUCUAAUCAGUCAGGUUUAUUUGAGCAAAAGGAAAAGUGCUGUAACACAAAAUCACACCCUGAUAACAAACUUUCAUCUCAGGGAGAGCGUGUCGGUGUGAAAUCUAAGCAAACAAAAGCUAAGUCUUCUAUAACCUGCUCUGUUCAAAAUGCAUCAAAAGUUUUGAGUAGUUCAGGAUCUGAAUUUGAAGAUGAUGGAAGGAGUUUGCUCACAGCAAAAAGUAAAGAACGACAAAAGUCCAGGAAAAAGAAGGAGAAAGCUGGAAAAGGAAGUGAAUUUGGUACUCAGGAGGUUGAGGGAAAGAAUGUUGUAAAUGAUAGAGAAAAGGCAGUUAAGAAACCAAGGACGUCGGUCAAGAAAGGAAAAAAAGGUACAGGAACUGGAGGCAACUGUACCAGAAGUUUAGAACAGUCUGGUCAAGACAAUAACAAAAAUAUAGAUGGCAAAGAGAGAGAAAGUAGGUCUGUUGGAAAUUAUCAGUCAAAGGAUUCAAACAAGACCUCUGUGGAACCUUCUUUUGAUCAACACAUUGAAUUAAAAGCAGAACAAAAUAGUGAAGAAAAUGAAGCAAGGGAUGCAUUGAGAAGUAAAGGGACCGCAGUAAUCAGGACUAGUGCAUUUGAUGUUUUGAUGAAAAGUCAAAGAGCUCAGAAAACAGACAAUCAUAGCACUGAAAGCACGCUAUCUGAGGCUUUGCAAUCAGAUGCAAUACCUUGUGACACUGUAGAGGGUAACUCAUGUUCUUGUGAAAUAACUGAUGUGAAGGAAAAUCUUCAGUCUAAAGAAACUGCUUCUUGUCAAUCAAAGUCAUUAACAGAAGAAUCUUCAUCUGAUAAAAAUGAAAUUGACAGUAGUCACAGAACUAAUGCUUUUGAUUUCUUGAUGAAAAAAGGGAAGUUUGUUAACAGUCCUUGCACUGAAGACUCACAAGCUGAGACGGAAUUAGAGUCUGACGUCACAGGGGACUUUGAACAGUCACUGAAAAAGAAACCCAAGAAAAAGACCUUUGAGUUUCAGCUUAGUAUACGUGCUAGUAACAAAAAGGACAUUGAAAUUUCAUUUGAAUCGGAAAGUGUCAGUGCUGAUACUUGUCAAGAGAAAGCUCAAGAGAAAAGCAAAAAGAAAAAGAGAAAAAACAAAAAUGACAGCAUGUCUGCUGGUGAAGGCGAAAGUGAUCAUUCUUUUGUCAAUGAAAAGAGUGAUGAAGGGGAUUUUUGCAAAUCCAAAAAAGUAGGAAAAAAGUCCAAAGUUAAGAGCAAAGUCAAGAGCAAACUAGAUUCAGCUGAUGUUUCCCUUCUUGAGGAGCAUUCUGAAGAGGAAAAUAAGAAUGAGGUUCAGAAGAAAAAGAGAAGAUCAGGAAGAAAAAGUGCCGCCAAUGUGGUCGCAGUGGAUGUUGAUUCUAACCACCCAGAUGAUGCCAAAGAGUUUGAACCAGCAGCCAAAAAUGUAAGGAAAAAGGCAAAGCAUGAGGGGAGCAAUGAAGAGAAUCAUGGAGAUAUCAAAGGAAAUUCCAGGAGGAAAAGAAAAGCUAAAAGAAGUGAUGCUAGUGCCAGCAAAAAAGCUGAGGAGAAAAUAGAGCUGGAAACCGUUUCUGAUAACCAGAGGGAAACCAGCAGUAGCAGAGGUAAGACUAUAAUUUGAGAUUUGAAAAGAAUGAACUAUUACUUCUUGACUAAUUUACAUAGGUUAGAUGUAUCAUUAAUUUUAUUAACACAUCUUACUUGUGUACCAGUCAGUGAUGUUGUAAUAAGAAAAGCUCUUAGUUUUUGUGAGACUGCCAGAAACUUUUUAGGCGAUUGAAGGGAUUUUGUACGUCAACUGGAUUUUUCUGAUGCAGGAGCCUUCCACUUUUACCUGGGGUGAGUGGGGAGCAAGAAGAAAAGGAACCACCUUUUUUGUUCUCAAAGGAAUUAGAACUUGAAUGGAGCAGUCAGUCUGGUUGUUUACAAUACAGUACCACUCAAAAGUAAAAUUAAUUGAGGAGACUUGAUUCUUGUGUCUUGAAACUCGAACGAAUUGGGUUCUCGAGUCUUGAGAUGCAAGAAUCAAGUUCUCGAGUUUCGAGAAAGCUGCAUUUUUGAAUAUUCAUCACUUGAAGUUUGUCUGGUAAAAGCUUCAAAAGAAAGUAAUAAUUACUUUCUUUAUUUUUAUUACAGUCAAAGCUCUGCUUGCGACCACUCUUGUUAGCGACCAGCUCUACUUAAUUUUUUAUGACCCCCUUUGUGAAACCUCGUUUGAACUGUGACUUAAACUUAUUUGUAAUAAAAAACUCCCGCAAGCAACUGCUCCUGACUGGACUCUCCCUUGUUUUUAAGUUCUCGUAAGCAACCACUCAGAGUCUUAUUCAUAUAAAUCGACACUUUGAAGAAGUUGCACACUGUGCUAAUGGUACUAAUAUUUAGAUCUGAGGUUAUUUCGGUCUAAAAAAUUGGACAUAAAGCUUACUAAACAUACCCUGGGUGCCAGAGACUUUUCAUGCAUGGUUUCCGGUUUUCAGUUAAAUCUUUAGGGUGACUUCAGCCUGUGGCUGACACUGAAGCAUCCUGCUGCACAUGAGAAAAAAUCUCUGUUACUCAGGGUGUGUUAAACAUUAAUUUUGUUUGUUUUUCUUUAUGAAUAUUAACGAUUUUCUGAAGCUCUCCUAAGUGAACACCCUCUAAUGUUUUACCAUGCGGUGGCUUAUGAGAGCUCAUUCUUGUAAGCGACCAGCUCUGGUUACGACCACUUUUUCGAAUUUCUGAGAUGGUCGCUUACGAGAGCUUUGAUUGCUCUUGAAAAAUUCAGCUGGUGGCCGAGCAAAUUAUUGUAUUGUCAGUAUGGGUGUGAUUGCUCAGAGAUGUCUUUUUUGUUUUUAUUUUCUUUCAGAUCCCAAACCUUUAGCAGCCAUAUUCCUCAAGAAACCAGCAACCUCCUCUAAAACUGAAAUCACGGAAGAAAACCAGGCUGUUGGCAGUCCAGGUAGAUCAGCUUCAUCCAGUUUAACCUGUCCAUCAAACAUUUCAACUGAUGCUAAAGACAAGCAGAAAACAGUUGACAAAGAACCUCUUCGGAACAAAGAAAAGUCUGUUGAAGAGAGAGAAGCAGCAAACAGGGCAUUCAAGGCUCUCUUCACAGGUGCAAGCUCCCAAAAGGCAGCUCCUUCUGUUAAUGUUAUUGAGGCACUUCCUGUUGACAAAGAACUUUCCCAGACCAGUGACAAGUCUACCAAACAAAGUGUUGACAAAGAAUCUACUCAAUCCAAGGAAACAACUGCUGAAGAAAAGGAAGCAGCUAACAGAGCAUUCAAAGCUCUGUUUACAGGUGCAAGUUCCCAGAAGACAGCCACUUCUGUUAGUGUUGUUGAAGCAUGUCCUGCUCCUUGGCCAUCAGUUAGUCAUGUGUUGCAAAAAGAUGAAGAUUUUUCUUCCAAUGAAAGUUUUUGGUGUCUUCCUUGGCCAGUUGGAAAGGAUUGCAAAUUUGAUGUUUCCUUACACUGCUAUUUGCUCUCAGAACGUAAGUGAAAUGUACUUGUACCAUUCAAUGAAUGAUUAUUUUCAUUGAUUAUUUUUAACGAUUAUUUUUAUUUUUAAUGAAAUGGUUUAUCAGAAUCAAUCAGAAUGUACCAUUACAUUGUAUCAAACAAGCAGAUACUGUUUUUACAGCUUAUUAAUACUGAAUUGAGCAUUCAUAUGCCGAUAUUGUCCUGGAUUAAACUUUAUAGGGGUGUACCUUAUUUGUAAGCAACUUAUACUGGAGCUGUCCCUAAUUAACAUAUAUAAUUAACUGUUUUAUAAACAUUAUUGGUGUUGGAUGACAAUACUCUGCUAUACCUUUUUUGUUGGAAAGUUUGGGGGACUGUUAUUUCCUUUUGUGUGAAAUUUAAUGUCUGCACUUACUCCGUACCAACCUAAGACCCAGUGAAGCACCUGUUACUACCGCCACCCACCCCCUGCCCUGCCUCUCUGGAUGGGAUGCGCCUCUAUCACAGGGUUAUCCACAUUGGUACGCUAUAUGUGUGUGGUAGUAUUUAUACUAACAUCAGAGAGAAGAGGGAGAGUGGAUCAGGGCUGACUGCCAUUAAGAGCCCGGGGCUAGGGAUUUCCCCCAGCCGCUAUGAAUGUGGCCCGCUGCAGCUAUUUUCAUAAGAAAGAAGAAGAAAAGUAGAACCAUAAGAAAUCCUUAGCUGUUUGAUUCCCUGCCUACCUGUUAUAUUUACCCGAUAACUUGAAGUCUUAGUGGCAACCCUGGUGGAUUCAAAAUAAAUAUUUUUUCUAAGAAACAAUACAACGACAAGGCUUGAACUUGUACCUACAGAUCUAAAGUUAAUGUUAUUGUUUGGCCACCACACAUCUACCACUUAACUGAAUGAGUGCUACUUAUUAUCAAUGACCGUUCUGUAUAAAUUUCUUAACCCAUUAAUUUCUCUCAACUCCAAUAAUUUAUGCAUGGAAUUUUUUUUCAAAUUUUUUUGUUUCAUACAAAAACUAAACUAUUCUUCUUUUCUUUUUCAGGUCCACUAGAUAAUGCAAUUUACAGCCAAUCACCAUUAAUUAUGCAGAACAAGGUCUUGCAUGUUGCUGGCCAUUCCAUGGGUAACAGGCCUCAUAUGGUUAGUUUUCUAUUUGAUAAGCUCAACUCUUAGUUCUUGGUAGAAAGUUAAUUUUUUUAUGAAUUUUCCUUGGUUUGUUUGAACAGGAAAAAAAGACAGAACAACCAUCCUUCCCAGAAGCAGUUAUUAAAAAGAUACUUUCAGAGUUAGCCUUGUUUUACCCCGGUGUACCCUUGAGAAAACUUUACAAACGUUAUGCAUCAAAGUUGGAAAAGUACAAGGCAUCCAUUGAAUCAGGUGAGAACAAACAACUUGCUCUAGAGAGAAAAGUACCAAAGGAUGAUACUAAAAAGGAUGAAAAGUUACUUGAAAGUAAGGAAGGACUUCAAGAGGUGAACAUGGAUAGUCUACCAUGUAAGAAAGGAAGAGGAAAGCGACGACUCUCCAGUGACGGUGGUGUUGGUCAAGAGAAAAAAAUUGCAAGAAAAAGUGGUAAUUUUUCUGGAACAUUGCCUUGCAAAGAUCAGGGCCUAGUAGGAGAUCAGUCUGCAAGAAAAUCAUGCAAGAAAAGACAGAGAGAAGAAGAUAAGGACCACCUUCAAGAGAAGGCCUGUAAGGGUAGAAGAUUGUCCACAAGACUACAGCAAAAGAAACAGACCUGUGCUGAAGACAAAACUGUUGACAAUAACUUGCCUCAAAAGCUUGAGAUGUCAUCUAGCAGAAAGAAGCGAAAGAGAACAACUGAUUGUGAUUUAGAUGUGACAGAAGUAAUUCAUACUGUUUCUAAAGAGCAACUUACAUGUGCCACCCCUGGUGCUCCCACAGAUUCUAAAAGUGAUAAGACUCUGAGUGUUCUUAAUGAUGCUCUGUGGACUGAUUUGUAUCGUCCUGUUCAUUCUACUGAAGUUAUGCCGAAUGCUUCUGCUGUGAGCAAACUGAGAUCCUGGUUAGAGGAAUGGAAGAUAAAGAGAGAAAAAACUCUCCGAAAAGAACUACAACAACAGAAAAGGUACCCGUUAAUUUUAUGCUGUGUAAUUUUGAUAACUACUAGGGAUUUGACAGUGGUAUACAUCAUCCUUAUUUUUUUUAAAAUUAAUAAUACAGAAAAGUAGAAAUGUUUGCGGACAUGUCUUAGUUACAUUUACGUUUAGUUUACAUUUUAGCUACAAUAGCUUUCAACAACUUUCUUGAGUGAUGAAAGUAACAUGGCCAGAGAUUAAUCCACUUGUCCCCAGUGACCAGAAAGGACUUUUUCAGGGUUUGCACAGUCUUGAAAAAUCCUUGAACUUUCUUCAACUUCUAAUGUAGUGGCCUGGAAAGUGUUUAGUAAUGCUUUUUGCUUCUCCAAGACAGAAUAUAAAUUAUAGUCCGGAGAAGUGAAAGGUGACUUACAUGAAGUGGCUUUUGUUUUAUGCACUAAUUAACUGUCAAUUUUAGACAAGUGAACUGAAAAAUUUAGAGAAGUUGGUGGAGCAAACAGUUCAAACUUUAAUGUUCCAUUUGAAUGAACUGCCAAAGUGCAUUUCUGUGCUAUCUGUGUAAUUACAUUCCUGUUAAGUGGUCCUUGAAAAUCAAAUGUGGUCCUAUUAAAUGGUCCUUGAAAAGUCCUUAGGAAAUGGUUGUGAUCUUUUGUAUGAACGGAACCCUGUUUUUCAAGCCCUGUUCAUGCAGCUUAUGUGACCAAACUUACAACAUUUUCCAGUUUAGAAAAUAGACCCUCUUAGGCAUUUUUGUUUCUCUUGCCAAUUUCCAUGCCAACUGUUAAAUGUACAUAAUUGUUAUUACGUAAUUUUUUGAAAGUCACCUUGCCAUCCUGGUUCUACUUUUUGAUGUAACAACAACAACAGCAUGUUAGGUAAUCAAAUUGGGUAGUGAGAAAAAAACAGACAAAAUAAUUGAAAAAAUUGAUACAAUGCUAGAAUAUUGACAUAUUUUUUUAAUGAUGAUGAUGAUGAUGAUGAUAAUGAUGAUGAUGAUGAUGAUGAUGAUGAUGAUGAUAUACCUUAUUUUUACACUCAUCGUUUUGCCAUCUCCGCCCACAACUAGCAAGAGCUAGACAAGGUGGGCUUCAAUUACAACAAUCAAUACAACAUCAAUUAGGAGGAAAAAUAGUAGGUACCAUUAUGGUUAAGAUCACCACAAUAUUGUAACUGCUUUCACUAUACUGUACUGUUUUCUGCUUUUCUAGGCUUUUAGCAAAGCAGAAAAGCAAAGCAUCAAGCUGCCAAACCAGCAAUCAGACACUGGAGUGGUGGGAUGCUGACAGUGACUCUGACUUCCAGAUGAGUGAUGGUGAUUCAGAUGAUAGCGACACUGAAGGGAUUGGACUGAGUACUGCCAUGUUUAUUUCUGGUCCUUCUGGAGCUGGCAAGACUGCCAUGGUGUAUGCUUGUGCUGAGGAACUAGGCUACAAGGUUGUUUUCUCUAUUAGCCAGUAUUGAUAACUGAUGAAAGUAUAGAGCUGUACCCUUCCAGCAGAGUCUUUCUUUCGCUUGCCUAGCUAAGGAAGACUCUGCAUGAAAGGAGUAAGAUUUUUUCUUACCAGGGGUAGAGUCUUGAAUUCUUGAAAAAGUCUUGAAAUUUCCCCAGCAGUUUUGAUCCAGACCUGGAAAAAGUCUAGAAAAUGGAGAUAAAGUCUGCGGAAAUGGUAAAAAGUCUUGAGUUUUUUCCAAAGCCACAAAAAGUACUUUAUAAGUGAAAUUGUUUUUUUCAUUUUGGUCAAAUCUUAUUCAAUCUCACCCAUACGUUUGCAGGGCAUCAUGAAAAAAGCUUUGUUCCUGUGUUUUAAAGGUCUCUUGAUCACCAACUUCAUAACCUUGAGUCUGGAAAAAUUGAUGUAGGCUUUAACCCAGGCCUAAUAGCCCUGCAGUUGCUACAGGGGGCUCAGUUAUGACCAUUGGUUUGUCAAUAAUCAGAUGCUUGAAUUGAAAAAAAAAAACAGUUUGGCAAAGAAAAUGGGAUUGACUAGUGCAGACAUCUCAGCUGCAGCAACCUCAAAGGCUUGAUGUGAUUCAGUUAGAGCCUCCUUUUCCACUCGUUGAUCAAGAAGACAAAAAGGUCAUGCUCUGCUCACAGGAUGAUGAAUAUGCAGUGUUCCUCUUAGAUUUCACAGCCUACCUCAAUUUAUUUCCCCAGUGCUGUCCAUGGUAUGAAGUAUUCUGGAGUUGGUUUUUCUCAAGAGAGUUGCAACUUGAGUCAAAAGUCCUCAGAGCCAGUUUAGACUAUGGUGAAAUCCUGUUGUCACAACCAUCCAUAAUUUGCUGGGUGGUACAGUGUGGUAUUUGAUACAAAAAAGAUGGUCUUAUCAGAUCAAUUUAUUAUUUUAGGUUUCUGGGAAAUUACCCACCUACCCCUCCCCUAAGCCAACAUUAUCAGUUACUUCUCACUUAGGGCAAAAUGUUGGGUUAGGGGAGGGGUAGGUGGGCAGUUUCCUAGAAACCUAAAUUGAUCUGUCUUAUCUACAGCAUUGUUGUAAUGAAGGCUUCCACAAUCCGUUUUUUAAAGACUGAUUAAUCCCAUUCCAUGGCUAUGAAACCAAACAACAAGUUUUGUUUUCCUUUUUAAAGGUGUUUGAAGUCAACAGUGCCUCCAAGCGUUCUGGCAAACACAUCCUUUCACAGCUUGAAGAAGCCACCCAGUCACAUUUGGUUAUCAGCAACAAGCCAACAACAACCAUUAAGGGUCCAGUCCCUGAGCCAUCAUUUGCAGGUCUGUUCAAUAAGCCUGAGGCAAAUUCGUCCUGUGCAUCUGGACCCCUGGGGGCCUUAUUUCAGCAAGCUGGAAAAGCCUCAAAAAGUGAGGAAAAGAAAGGUGUAAAAGGAAGAAAGGGGAAGAAUGUUAAGGAGAAGAAAGAAAAGUCCAGAGCAAAGGGAAAAUCUAUUUUAAAGCAGCCAUCACAAUCACUAAGUCAAGAUGGUACAGAGUCUAAUUUAUCUUCUAAGGCAGCAUCACUGAUUUUGUUUGAAGAGGUUAGUAAUCUUCCUAAGCUUACUUACUUACUUGGGAUGAUCCCCUGAUCGAAACAAUGGAAUAAUGGACAGCCUGUUCUUCCUUCUUAUUCUUCGUGAUAAUUGCUGUAAGGUAAUUUGCCUUGUUCGACGCUGGUCUCUCGUUGCAGUAGGCAAACAUAACGUGUGAUCCUAGAAAUUUCUUCAACAGUGUCCCUUCAAGGGUUUGUUUUUGUACAAAAUAACAAUAUUGAUCAGGUGCACUUUUAUUGCCUACUGGAGCUAAAAAGGAUCAUUCCAUUGUGUCACAUUGUGCCUAUUUCUCGCUAACCAGUGGAUACACUUUUAAAGGGGAUUCUUUAGUUGUCAGAGUUUGUUACUAUGGUAAAAUAGCAAAUUUAAUCAUGUAUCAACCAUCAUGGUGAAAUGUUACGGUAGUGGCCACCACAUGUUCUUGAGGGAACCUGAGAGUCUGGGGCUUAACUACAUGAAUAGGGUGGGCGGUUAUUCAAGGUGGGUGCUUAUUCAGUGGCGGGUCCAGGGGAGAGCCCCCCCCCCCCCCUUUAUUUUUGGACCAAGCUGAGGCCCAAGGAUCCAAAAAAAUUUUUUUAAGACCUCCCCCACCUUUUAUCUCUUGGUCUGGAUGACCGGACCCCACCUUAUCUGAAGGUCUGGAUCUGCCACUGUUAUUUGAGGUUGUGCACUGAAUCGAAUAUAUACAGUAGGAGGAUUGAUAUCCUACUGUGGAGAAUUGCUAGAAUAAAUGGCAAAUCCGUGCUCUUGGCAAUCAAUGUUAAAUAAAUUAUUGUACAUAUAUGUUACAUUUCCCAGUGUGAUAGGGCUUGAUUUUAGUUUAAAAGGACCCUCUAGGAAACUAAUUUUCACUCGUGUGGUUAUUUUGCAUUCAAUUGUCUCAAAGUAGUUGUUUUACAAGUGGUAAAUAUCAGUUAACAGUGAGUUUUAGUUUAACUUACCCGUUUAACGGUAGAGCAUUAUUCUAGCAUAUGCACACAAAGUCUUGGGAAAAAUAGUCUCCUUCAUCUUUCCAUAGUUAGUAACUUUGAUCUUUCCCACAUAGCCACUUAACUAUGUAGGAAAGAUGAACGAGACUUUUUUUUCCGAAACUUUGUGUGCAUAUUAAGGUCAAAUAACUCGCCACGUGGUAAGUUUGAUUGAUUGUUAUUUUUCCGUUUUCUAGCAAAUUUCGAGACCUAAACUUCGUCUCAUAUGUUCUCUAUAUGUACUCAUGUUAUAUGAAACCCGUACGUGACACAAAUAGUGAGCCUGGGUUACCUGUGCUAAAAGUGUUGAUACUCAGGGAACCUGACAUUAGUUAAUCAUUAGUCACCGUGUCCUUGCAUUUUUUUUUUAGGUGGAUGUUAUAUUUGAAGAGGACAAGAGUUUCUGGAUGGCUGUGAAUUCUUUCAUGCAGAAUGCUAAGUGCCCAAUUGUUUUGAUAAGCACAGGUCAGCAACUGAUGUAGUUACUAAAUACAUAAUGAUCAUCCCAGUAGUAAUAGCGGAGCUCCACGCGCGAAGCGCGCGCGAGCGUAGCCCCAUACCUAAGAAAAAGUGGUAAUCUACCCAUCCGAGAAAUUUUGGUAAUCAAGUGACCGUCCACCCGUCCGUCCGCACCACAGGCAUACCAAUGUAAAAUAACUCAAUCAACAGGUAUGGCAACCCAAAUGGAACUCGAGGUUAUUUUGGCGGGAAAUUGCAGAACCACCCGCGUCUUGUAAAGCAGAGACAACUAAAGCCAAUAAAGACGAAAACGGAGAGCGGAAUUUUUUUCUGUAUCCGUAUUGUCUUAAGUAUUAAGCUUAGAUUAAUUGUCAUGUCCACAAAUUUGGAAUAUAGAGAAAUAGAAAGACAGAGCCGAAAAAGAGAAUGUAGGGGACAGGCCAGCGAAGCUCAACGAGAAAUAGAGAGACAGAGAGCUAGAGCGAGAGAUAAAAAACAAAGGAGACAUUUUUUGUUGGAAGAACAAUAUGAAAAUUUUGUAGCGGCGGGGGGAAAUGAGAAAUGCUGGCGGCCACCAACCCCUCCCCUGAGCUAGCAUUAACACUUACUUCUCACUUAGGGCAAAAUGAUGGCUUAAGGGAGGGGUAGGUGGGCUGUUUCCCAAAAAAUAUUGAUCCGUAAGUUGAGCUAUUUUUUGACUUAUGUUUGUGUGUUAUAAUUGUUUUUCAGAAUCUCAAGUAAGCUGUGAAGGGAGGUAUGAUCAGAUAAACGUGAAGUGUCCUUCGGUGAACCUACUGUCAGCUCAUUUACAGCUGGUAGGACUGAUGAACAACAUGUUUAUUAAUCCAGAAGACCUCAAGUCACUAGUGGCGCACAACAACUGUGAUAUCCGCAAGUCUCUUCUCAACCUGCAAUUCUGGUCAGCGUCACAUGGGGGGCUCAAGAUGCCAUACAAAAGGCCCGCACAUUUGAAUGACUCCUCCCGCAUUUCCGACAAGAAUCAAACUACCCAAACCAGUGGUCAUGCUAGAAGCGCAGAGUGUGUAGAGACAAAUAGUCUAUCACAAGACGUGCCACAGUCUCAUCCUACCAUGACUGGUGGAGUUUUAGAUGAAGGGGGUGAGGAAAGUAUGUUUCUCUCUCUGAGCGACUGGCAGAUAAUCAAGAGUGGAGGGCUCAGACGAAGUUCACGUUCUUCGCGCAGUGGAACUUUGAAACCAACUGAGGCUGACAACUCUGACUCAGAUUUCUGUGAACCAAAAAGGAAGACGCUGGUAUGUGCGGACAGUUCCACUGAUUCCGUCUUUGAAAUCACUGACACCAAUGACAGCCAGCCAGUCAACAGUGACAAGAGGCCAGAUGACUCUCGACAACUUCCUUUUAUGGAUGGUCUACUUUUUGAAAGCGUCCUUGGCUUGCUGAACUGUUUACAGCAACCAGCUGAAGGGUCACUGUCAGCUCUGCAGAAAGGAGCGAAACCACAAGAUGAACUGCAGGUGUUACUAUGGUUUAUUCUAAAAUAUGGUGUAUAUAAAUAGCCCUUUUCUGAGUUUCCCAAAGCCUCUGUUUCAAAGUGAGGCUAAGUGCAAAGCUAUCGAUAUGAAUUUCACGUAAAUUUAACUUAUUUUUACAAGAAAGGUUUUGGCUUAGGCUUGUUUUGAAAGUGAUUAGAGUUUUUGGAACUCGGAAACGGCCUAUUAGCAAAGUUAGCCACUGAUAUUAGGGGAAAUAAAGGCGCCUUACUUUUUUUAUGAUCAAUGCAGAUCCAAGAUAUUUGAGUUAACAGCCUUGCAUUAAAUUAAAAACUCCUUUCCGUGACGGAUGCUCCUUCUAAUUUGCAGGAAUAAGCUCUUUAAUGAUAUAUUUCUCUAAAAAGAACUCAAUACAAUAAUAGUGGUAACAUCUUUUUCUGUUCUAAUCGCAUUGUAGACUUGUUACUUAGUUACUUGACAUCUGAUACGGCUAAAAGCAAGGCAACUGAUUCUUGUGGCAACUAAUGGUUUGUUCAUUAUUUGGGCAGGUCCGUAACAUACCCGAGAAGUUACACCUGGCUCAUUUUAGCCAAGUUCUUGGCGUAAACCUUACCCAUGCAAACCUGAGCGGCCUUCUGCCAUUUUUUGUGGAUCCAUCCGUUUCACAGCAGAAGGAGGAAGUGCCUGAUCAGUCUGAAGCCAAGGAAAGUAAAAAUGCACCUUCUGAUAUCACGAAAGAUGUUACAACCAAGGGCGAGAAUAUGUUUUCAGGUAUAUUUUCAGAUACUAGCCUCUUUGAUGAUGGCACAGAGCCUCGCGUUAAUAUUACUGAGAACAAAGAAGGAAUAGAGAAAGAGCCAGAGAAAGGAUUAGUAGAGGCUAACAAGAGUGCACCGAGUUCCCAGGACUCAACGGACACUGGGUUCAGUGAGUCACAGACAAAAGAGGAGACUGGGGAGAGCGAAGGUCAAAAUCGUGAAAUGAAGGCAGGCAUUGCUGUUAAAAAAGGAAGUGAACUUGUGCACCGGAAGCCAUCCCAAGGUAUGCGUCAAACUGAACAUGUAAAUAUACCGUAUUUCCUCGAAUAAUAGCCUUCCAUCGAUUAAUCGCCUCCCUUGGACGGAAAUAUUUAAAAUAAUCGCAUCCCUCUAAUAAUCGCCUCUCCUCCGCUCCUCUCGCCUUCUUAUCUUCCUUUUAUCCCCUCCCUGUCAAGUGUAAGUGAAAGGUGAUCCAGCAAAACUGAUAAGUGACUAUUCAAGCCAUGAAAAUUAAUCAAGGAACUAAAUUUGGAACACUUAAAAAGCCCAUGUUCAGUUAAUUUGAUGUGAAUAUUUUUUUUAUUUAAUGGCAUAAUAAAACAAAAUACAUUUAGGGCACGACUUCCAGUGAGCAAUAUUUGAAAUAAUCGCCUCCCUCAAAUAAUCGCCUUCCCUCGAAUAAUCGCCCCCUUUUUGUGCGGAAAAAGAAAUAAUCGCCCCCGGCUAUUAUACGAGGAAAUACGGUAGUGCCAUAACCUUGUUUGGUCCAUUCAGCUUUCAUUGUAAUAGCUCUAUGAAAAAGAUCUUGUAGUCUUGCUUUUUUAGGUUUGUCAAUGACAUGCACUGGCAAACUCAUCGUUCCUUUUUCUUCUCAGAUGAAAAAUUAACCAGCAAAGCUCUUGAAAUCUUUGCACAGUGUGCAGAAAACAUGUCAUUUGCUGACGCCUAUUGUCCAAACCUUUCUGACACUCAGUCCAACUCGGCGCGGUUUGGCUGGUGGGGAGCUCAUUUGAAACCUGGACUUACAGACGAACACGUGACUGUGAAGGAGACAAGCGAUUGGCUGGCUUGUGAAACGCGUUCAUCUAUCCGUGGAGCGUUGGAAGUGGCCAAUUUAGAUGAUUGUUUUGUCAAAGUUAAGUCUUUGUCUGAAGAUCUUACAGAAACUGGAAAUUCACCCGUCGAAGAAAUCACAGGAGAUCAAACCUCCACAGUCAAAAGUGUGCUAUGUGACUUGGAUAGAUUAUCAGAAGAUUUUCCUCCACGCGAUUUCAAUUCUGUAGUGCGUUUGGAUGCAGUCACUCAGGCACAAAACAGGUAAGAUGCUAGCACAAAAGUCGUUAAGAUAGUGGUGCAAAAUUCGUGAUUAUCGGUGAAUUAUAGGCAACCCCGUUCUUAACCGCGGUCAAACGCUCGAGCAUGCGCAAUGCACUCGUAUCCGGUCCCGGCCGGGAAAAUUUCCCGCGCGAAAUUUUAAUUGCAACCAUUGCAGAGACCGGUGUCAAGCAAAGUAUAGUUGAACAAUCGUCAGUAAUACGCUAAAGUUAAGGGAAAUACUUCAAAGUGAAGGUUUUUGUUUUCACAGUUAAUAGUUAGAUAAAUUUUCAUUAUUCUCCGAGUUCACUAAAUUUUUUUGACCUUCACUAAAAAAGUUCUUCGCGUUAAAAGAGCCGACAUGCGAAAGCUUGUCGUCGCCAUUUGUUUAGACUUGUUUACUGAAUGUCGCUGUUCCAAUGCGUGAUGAGUCCAGGAAGAGAGAAGCCAACAGGAAGAGAAAACUGUAGUCAAAAACAGCUCCGGAGUGUUGAUUAAGUUUUAUCGAGGGCAGAAGGGGUACCUGCUGAAGGAUCAUGGCCUUGCCUGAGGCAUAGAGACGCGAUAGUUGCCGAGGACAAACGCUGCUCCUGUCCAUCUUCGUGGGGACACAGUAAAACCAUUUAAAAUUCCAAUCCUCGAGAGACUGUAUGCAGUAUUUGACGAGGUGGGCAGGAACAACCUUACAACGUUACCGACCACAAACCUCGGACAAAAUGGUGCAAUAAUUAUGCCGAAGCAACGCAGUUAAUAAAUCUCUUCACUCCAAAAACAAACGAAAGAGACAUCAGAAAAUAUGGUAAACCACACUUUACUAAAAUUUUGUUCUCAGCAAUUUGAAUUCACUGUCCUCUCAUUUUAAGUAAUAUUUUAUAAACAGAUGAACAACUGUACAGAAAUAUUUUUUUCUCGGUUAAUGGUUUUUUUUUCAGCUUUUCCCUCCCCUCCCCUCCCCUCCCCAUGACCUAUUUCCUUGAUUACCUUUUGAGCUCCUGAUCAGGUGAGCCAAGUCUUUCAACAUUUUGCUAUAUAUAAACGCAGUGUGCUUUGCAUUUUAAGCUCGUCAGAAGCAAUUAACUACAAGUGAUCAUCGAAAAACUGGUUGGAGUCAUCCCUGUUCUAGUUGUCAGAAAAAGAAAUGGAAGUGAGGGGUGUCCUAUUUGUGAUUGAAACAGAAGAGAAAAAACGGAAUUUAACUUUUUCACUUAGACCAUAAUAAUGCACUUUGUUUAAGCCAGAGAGGUGAUCAAAGAUCAAGAAAGAAGACUUUAAGAAAAAGCAGAAAAAAUAAUAAUAAUAAACAGGUAACAAAGCCUUGAGAGGAUAGCUGCCCAUCUCCAAAUGAUGGCUGGUCAGUUAGACUGCUUGGCUAACAAGAUUUUCUAAAAGACAGUCUAAAAUACUGUAAGAAAGAAGACAAAAUUGCAAAUAAAAUUGAGUGGAACCUUUAUUUGUCUUUUCAGUUAAAUUAGGUGUUCUUUAUGUACAUCAUUUCCAUUCUUUCUUCUCAUUUUGCAUCCUUUUCUCAUGGAUCUGCUUCUCCUUCAGGGUCUAGACUCUGUGUCUUCUAUUCAUCCCCUUCCUAACUUUCUGUACAAAAAUAAGAUAGAUUUAAUCAAAUAAAUAAUAAGUUGUCAGAUUGUUAUAGCAAGAACAAAACUACAGUAGAUACCAAGUACCUUCCCUUUUAAUGCUAUAUGAGCAUCUAGUAACCCACAAUAAUCUCUAACUCCUAUUAUUUGGCCCACCUUAAAGAUGCAUACAAGAUCAUUAAACACCAUGGCAGUUUAAAUCAACACAGAAGGUCGUACAACUGAGACCUCAUUUACCACCAACCCCCACCCCUAUUGCUAGUAAUUUAAACUGUAAAGCUAAGACCAAGCUACGAGCAUUGAAUGGACAGCGUAAUGAAAACAGAAGCCUAGUCAUGAAUGUAAACAAACAUGAAGAAUAAGCAAUAGUGUUGAAAUGGCAGCAUGUACACUGAUGUCUGAUCAAUUUGCAAUGUCAAACAGUCAAAAAUAAUCUUAUGCUGCUGUGAUUAUUGAACUUAUGUGUGGUUAUUAAACAUCUGCUAAAACAAAAACCUUUUUCCCCUCACAAUGUGCCUGGCCUAAAACAAUAAAUAACACCGACACUAUAGAUGUUCCUACAUCUUUUUUGAGCUCGAUUAUGUUUACUAUAAAACUCAUGUGAUGUGGUCAUUGAAUUUUAUGAAUGAGAUCUAAAAUAAUUAUUCAUUAUCGAUACAUUUUGUUUGUUAUUAAUACAGACUUAAACCCUGUGCGAGAUAAUAUAUUUGAUGUGAAAAGAUAAGAACAAGCUUAAAAUUAAGGUCGUCAGUCAUAAAAGAACAGUUUCAUCGGCAAAAAAAAAGACAACCAGACAAUUUACUAAAUUUUUUAUUUUGCAGAACGAACCAGAGCCCAAAAGAUAUGGUUUCUAUUAAAUAAAAAUACCAACCAUUCACAUUACGUUCAAGCCAGUGUUAGUAUAAAAACAUUACAGAAAGCUUAAACAAUUUAAAACUAUUUAAACUUGAGCUAUACAGUACUUUUAGCGGCCACAAAUGUGUGCCACCAUUUUGAUCAACAAGAGCAUAAGAGCACUUGGGGAAUAUUAUGAUUGUCAAAGACAAGUUUACUCAUACUUACAUUUCCUGUUACACGUUCUUCUUAUUCUUCCUAUUCAUCGCCAGUGAACUUUCUUGAAAUACAAAGAAAAUUUCUCUGUUCUUGCCCGCAAGAAGACGUAGCCACAUGUGUAUAGAUUUUCCAAAUCGAAUGUAGCGAUCACCAAGCACAUCUUCGCGCAUGCUCAGACGUUUGACCGCGGUGGAACCCCGUUCUCAGGGUUCUCUCCUACCCACCCUACAGAGCGAGAGAGGGCGGGUAGGAGAGAACCCUGGGAACGGGGUUCAAUUAUGAGUGCCCUCAUGAAACAGUGCCAGUGCUUCAUUUUGGAAAAUACUUUGCAGUUCUACUUGCCCCCAUCUUAUACAAUGUUGAAACUUGGAAAAAAGUCUGGAUACACUCGUCCAACGUUGUUUGUGGGUUGGGAGGAGGGGUUGGGCAUGUGUGAUUUCUGAAAAGUAUUGUCCUAAGACUUUUGUCCAAGACUGUAUCCAUCUAGCUCAGUAGAUUGUUAGUCAGUAAGCCAGUCAGUUAGCUAGCUAGCUAAGUACCUUGUUAGUAGGUUUGUAACACCAACUAGCCGAGUGGCCGUCACAGUAAAAACUUCGUUGUUGUCUCUUUUUUAAAUGUUAAUGACCACAAAAAUUUGAUUAAAACUGGUUUGGCGACGAAUCAAAAACAAUAAACCAAAUGGCAGUUAAGCAUUUGGCAGCUCCAAGAUUUUAUCUAGGAUUACAAACUAACUGAUAAUAAGUUGUUGUUGCUUUUUUUAGUUCAACUGCAAGCCGACGGAAACUUUACAGUUCCCUGAGUUCAUGCAUCCCCGUUCUUAACCACUGUAACCAUUGCAGUGUAGUAUGUGACUACAUUCCCACCUUUCGCCUGCUUUGUCACUCUGAAAGACUCCGAGAGGCAGCUCAUAUCAAAAGAAGGUAUGGCAAAUCCUUUAAUGACUUUUGCUUUGUCAUUUUUAGGGCCGUUUUUACGAGGAAGUAUAAAACGCGUCCUAAAUAAGGGUGGAUUUCCACUGUCGCGUAAUUUUACGUGCGUACGCGCGUACAAUUUCGCAAGGAAGUAGGACGAAUUUAGGCGGGAAGGACAAACCUAGUCUGUCAGCAGUUUCCAGUUGUCCUUGAAAAGUCAGUCGAACUACCUUGCCACUUUCUGUUGUUUCGCUAGUAGUCACGUGUCGUUUCUUGAGCAGUCAUGUCAUGUCAUGUCAUGUCAUAGUCAUGACGUGUACGCGCGCUUUUUCCCGCUCCUGAGACCGGCAGCUUGUAUUUUUUUUAAAAUUCUCAUUGGCUCAGAUUAUUGACUUAGCUUGUCGUGAUUGGUUAAUAGAGAGGAGAAGUGUGACGUCAUGUGACCAUGGUAGCAAAAUUUCUAGAACUCAGCAGUCUUUCUUGACAGAGAUGGCCAUUGGCAUUGUCGAACGAUGGAAGAAAAGUAUGGGCUCCGGUUUGUGCAAUCAUGCACAGUAAAUUCAUACAAGUCAAUUUUUUCGUUUUUUUGUUUCCUGCCAUAUUUGCAGGACCAUGCUACCAUGGCAACAUGACGUAACGACUUCUCCUUUCUAUUGCUUUAGAUGUAGUUUUAACUCCUAAACUGCAAAGUUUGUUUUUCCUUUGCUAGAUUCCUUCAUUAUCUGGACUCUAAUUCGUUCCCCAUUAACCGUGCAACCAUGGAUACCUUAGCCGACUCUUAUAUGGUUUCUUAACAUCAACGAAGGAACGCGGUUUGUCUUUUUUCCCAUGAAGCAAUGCGAAUGACUCUGUUUUUAGUUCUAAACCUAAAUAAUGCAUCAUAAUUAGUUUAUCCUAAGUAUCAGAAUAUCCCUGUGUAAAUAAACGUAUUUAGCCACAUGCGAAGAAAGGCUGCUGUAUUCUAUAUGUACAUUGCUUCUCUAGGCGUGUUUUUAUUGAUUAUGGUCACUGUUUGGUCAUACAGGGUCAAAACAACCAAGUGUAUAGUUUGACUCAGGCUGCGCACUCGCCCCUAUACCCCCUUUGAAAAACGAAACGCGUUUGCUUCUAAUGUCACAUUUACGCUGGUGUGGUUUAGGUAAUUGUAAUAACAAAGGCGAGAACCGUGCUGGAAACGUUGAUUUCCUUGCUGGAAAUAUUGAUUUCCUCGAGACAGAGUGCGGAGACUCCAGGGACCUUUCAUUUCUUCGAGAAACAGUGGGUGGGAAAGGGAACUUUAGCAUCGACUGGAAGUUCACACUGCU